GAUUUUCAUCAUUUCCAUCUCUGUGAUGAACCUUGUAACUGCCGCCUUAGUUGAAGGGACUCUGGAGAAUGCUCGCAUGCUGCGGCAGGAGGAGGACAGGAUAAAGAGCGCCCAAACUCAGCAGAUGCUGCCGGAGAUCAUGGAGCUCUUUGACCUGGCAGAUACGGAUGGAAGUGGUGAGUUAGCCAUUGAAGAGAUGCACGCCAUCGAGGAAGCAGGCCACGUUCCCUAUCAAAUUCUGGACAGGGCGUCUGUGAACAGCAUGACCGAGCUUUUUCACGUUCUGGAUGUGGACAAGUCCGGAGUUGUCAGCCGCGAGGAGUUCGCGGAAGGGCUGCUGGACAUCUUGCUUCGUGAUGUCUCC